AUCCCUAGCGAGUUCAUAUUCCAAAUCAAAUGAUUUGAUUCCAAAAUUUCUAGUCACUCUAUGGUGUGACAGUGAUUACACGCGCUACAACUGCAAGUGCUUUUGAUCCUAUAGACCGUGGUAAUAAUUCUGUCAGCUUUACCUUUCUCAUCUCAGGACUCGACACAGUUGGGUACUCAGAAAUUAACGAAAUCAACCCAAAGUCCAGAAACCGAUAAAGACGGAAUCCAAGCGUCAAUAGAGAAAAAUCAAAGCUUUGUUUGAAGGGUAUAUAGUUUUACAACAGGAACAUGGAAAACCAAGAAGAUGAUACUGCACCACCAACUGCAAAGCAGCAGCCAUCAUCAACAUACCAUUUAUUCCUUACAAUUAUGAGCAAAAGGACAACAUGGGUUUGUCUUUUUGUGUUAGUAUAUGCAAUCCUCUUAUCAUCCUCAUGGAAUUUCCUAAAAUCUGUACUUUCUUGGUACAAAGAACAAGCACAAGUCACUUCUGCAGCUUCUUCUGGGUGGCCUGCCUUGUAUGCAUCAGUUCUUCUAGGGGCUGUUUUUGGUCUCCUUUCAAUGGUUGCAGCUCUUGCAGUGGCUGUGCCAGCCACCUUGGUUAUAUGGAUCACAGUUCUGGUCUUAUUGACUUUCUUUGGAAAGCCAAGGAGGGCGUUGGUGAUUGAGGGAAGGAAGAUCACUAGAGAUAUUGUUGGGUUUGUAUUCAAGAUUUUGUUAAAGGAAGGGAAUGUUGUGGCUGCUGUUUGUGCUGUUCUGGGCUACUUUGCUCUGUUUAGAAGGAAUUCCGAAGGAUUAUAUAAGGAGGGCUCUUCUACAAUUUGUCAGUACCAUAUGCUUGCAAUUGCAUUAUGUGGAAGCUGAAGGAGAGGACAGUCUACAUAAAUGGGACGUUUGUGUGGCAUUCUGCAAGUAGCAUGCCUGAGUAACUAGUGUCCAUAAGCUGCCUGUAACCUGCCAGGGAGCAAUUAGAACAACCCUGGUGAGAAGAUAAUAACAGUCUCGUAAGUCAUUUAGGAACA